AUGGCGGACGGAGUGGAAGAGGCGACAGAUGUGGUAACAUCUAUAUUCAUUUUACGAGAAUAUUUCCAGCGAGGGUCUUUUUACAUUUAUGUAAUAUUUUAUCUUAUUUUGCAUAAUAUGCAGCUUCUUGAGGAAAAAAAGGAAUCAAGCCCAUCGUCUAAUGUGGUAUGUUUCCCAGACACUGGUUCUUAGUCGUAGAAUGGACAAACUCGAUAACAAUCUUUGCUCUACUUUAAUAUCAAUGGUAUUUUUUCUUUUUAAUCAAUGCGAAAUACUUCUUUUGAGUAUUUUGAAUUUUACGUAUCUCUAAUUUGUGAUUUGGUGGCAAUUUAGCUCAUUGCCCCUACUGACAAGUGAAUGGUUACAAAAAAAACAAAAACUUAAAACCCAUCAAAGUUCACCCUGCUAUACAUCAGGCUUUGUUUAAAUUGUUGGUUUUGAGCAUUAAAUUUAUGGUAUUUCAAGAUUGCAAUUUGAAAGUUUUGAAAUGCAAGCACUGAAAUAUCAGGAAACAAAACAGACUGAAAUAGUUUUCGAACUAGGACGUAUGCUCUCAUGCCCUAGAAUUAGAUUUCAAAAUGUUACUUCAGGCUGGUAAAGAAACCAGGCGUUUUGAUAAUCAGGCCCCAUGUGCAGGAGUUGAACCAGGCCACAUCAGGGGGGAGACAAGGGUUAUUACCACUGUAGGGCCAUCCCUGUUCCUCCUAGAGGGGUGUAGGAUUAACAUUGUAGAUAGGCUAUCUUUACUUAGUAUGCCAAAAAUAUUUUUGAAGUAAGCUUUGCUGUAUGACAAUCUCACAAUAGUACUGUGCCAUUUCUCUUUAAUUAGGAGACAGAAUUUAAUGGUGACAACCCAGAAAAAAGUGAAAAAAGGAAACUCUUAGAGUCAUGGCUUAACAAGAUCAUGAGAAUAAAGAUCUCUGAUGGAAGAACAUUAAUUGGUUCCUUCCUAUGUACUGAUCAAGAUAGGAAUAUAAUUUUAGGAUCAUGUCAGGAGUUUGUUGGUUCUUCAGGUACUGAAACUUUUCAUUAAUUUAUUGGUAAAGUGGUUCACCAUUCAUCCAUUCAUGAUUCUGGCUACCUAUGAUUGGUGGCAUACCACAAUUCCCAAGUGGGAUGUGAGUCACCCACAGGUACCCCUCCCUCCCUUCCAGUGUUUUUUUAAGCUUUUCCUUGCAGUCAUUUGUAUUCCUGGGUGGAGAGGGGUAGUGUUAAUGUAAAUUGUCUUCCCUUAUGUGAACAUGGCAUUUGUGUGGGAUGACAUAAGCUGGAGAGUGAGUUAAGUUAAGUUAGACAUUUGUCUAUUUAGAAAGUCAUUCCAUUCAUUUUACACUUGAUUCCUGCAACACUAUACCAACUGUCUUGAUAGAACAAACCCAAAGCUACCAUGUGAUAAUUUGGUUUUAUCAACUGAGUUGAUGAUGUAGAGCUACUCUGUCUUCCUCCCAUCCUCACCUUAACUCCUGGACAUGAUUGACAUGUAACUUCUACCUUAAAUAUUCAUUCAUUAUCCAGCAAACAGGUUAAGAGAGUAGUCAAACUUAUCAGGUAGAAGUUGUCAUCUUGAUCUAACACCAAAUUCUCAUCACCAGUUUAUAAGGAAAUGUGUAGCAGCUAAAGGAGAGAAUUGAAAAUCACAUCUUUGGGAGUUAAAGGGUUAACUACUUGUCCUUUCUUUUUUUAAUGUUCAUGCAGAUGAGAAAGAAGAGCCACGGAUUCUUGGUUUAGCCAUGGUGCCAGGAAAACACAUUGUUUCUAUUGAAGUUGAUGUGGAGUGAUGUUGAUGUACAUUAUCAGUGAAAAUGAGGCAAGCAGAGACACAGCUGUACCUUUCCUUAGCAUGGGAAAGCUUGAAUCAGGACUUGGAAAAGAAGUAAACAUUUGUGGAGUGCACACCUUUCUCAGUGCAAUUGUAGAGCCACUCUUAUGGGAAGCUACAAUUUACACAAUCCCUGGUGGCAGAACAUGGUUGAUCUGGUUGACUGACAACCUGAGGUUGGUUGAAACCAAGGAAGCCUCUCUGAAGUUGAAAGUUAUUCAAGCAGAAUGACCAUUCAGACAUUUUGUUGACAGCACAGUCAAAGAGAAUGAGGUUCUCUGGUGUCUCACUACCUACUAAUAAUUUUCUUGAACUUAAGCAAGUUAUUUCAAUUUGCAGAAAUGAUGGUCUUAUAAGAAGGUGCAUCCUUUAAUUUUCCUUUUUCUGGAAGAGCCAAACUUGUUCUAAGAUCAGCUGUUAGACUUCUUAUGCCUAAGAUCUACACAUCAAUUCUUUCCACUACCUGCCAUAAAUGUCUAAAAAUUUUAGUAGUAAGAAUUUGGCUUUAAAUGCCAAUCAAUAUCCCUUAGCUCAUAUAUUUCUCCACAUCAGCUUUCUGCUCAAAAAAGGUACAGGUGACCAUUGCAAUUCCUGUUCAUAGUAGGAACUUUGGUACACUAAAUAAAUCAAGAUUUUUUUAUUCAUUUGUCAAAGUGCGUGUUAUCUUGAAAAUUUACUUAAAACAUUCUAUUUGAAACUACACACAAAUUCAAAAGUGAACUUAUCUUUCAAACCCUCUCACACCCAAGUUCUCUCAAGUAAUUCUCCUUGCCAUCUGCCAUACAAUUCUUAUGGUGUUAGAGCAGAGAAUUUUGUAUUGGAUCAACCAGUUAUCCCCUAAUUGAUACUUUCUUUUAUUCUCAUCUCUUGUCAGCUUGAUAUUUUUGUGAUAAUGUUAUGCAAUGGUCUGCCUUGGCCUUGGUCACACAUGGGAGUUAAAGGGUUAAAUCAAUACACCCUUUGUUAUAAUAUACCACAAAAAGAAAACCAACAAACAAACUAAAUCACCAAAAAAAUUGUUUCAUAUUCUAUCAAAACCUUUUUCUCUGAACAACAGUCAACCAUGGCAUUACAAACUUCCAUAAUUUCUGAACAAUGAUUGAUUUAUUCAUUGCUAUUUUUAUACUCUGCCAUUCUAUGUCAAGCCAUAAACUCCCAGC